AAAUAAAGCACUAUUUCCAAGUUGCCAUCUGUGCAAAAGGGACCAUGGUGGUCUUGCACCGGGUAUGCCUGCCCGGUGCCUUCCCAGGAACAUAACCCAACGCGCGGACUGAGUGACAGGAAGCAAAUGGGGCGUUAAAUUAAAGAUUCGUAUCGUAAUUGUGGGAGAGAGGGACGAGAACCCUGCAAUCCGUGAGCAGAAAGCCAACGCGUUGUACUAGAGCCGCAGAUGAGGGCAAGCGUGUGACAUGGUGCAGUUCGCAACUGCGUUGAAUGGGACAUCAAAUAUUGAGCAAAAUACCUGCACGCCACUCCAUAUUCCGAACGAUUGCACUGACCAGAAAAGCAUGACCAAGCAAAUGGUCAGCGGGGCUGAGACUUUGUCCCCAGCACAGGCCAGUAGAACAGAAGGUGUUGGGGUAACAAGAAAUAGCCCGGAAAAUGAACCGCACCUACCAGGACACCAAGCCGCUGUGCUCGACUCUCAAAUCCCCGAGGGCAAAGGUUUCGCUCUCAAAGAAGCCAAAUCGAACGAGCCUGAGGGGGCCAAGGUUGGGAUCUGUAAGAAUGCCUCCUCCGUUCAACCCAAUUCCGCCGUCCGUCAGGAUCCUAUCGAAAUCUUGCCCCACAAGGAUACUUCAGCUGACAGCAACGAUCGCACGAACACGGUUUACUGUAAGAUCGCCGAGGUGGAGGUUAACUACGGCUCUGGGAUAACCACAAUAGAGCAAAACAACGCCAAAAGCAGCUGGGUCACGAAGAGCCAGAGCACGGUGGUACUGGGAACAGAUGGUAACACUGCUGUACUUCCUGGAAAUGUCAGCGGGGGAGAUGAAGGCGAUGAGAAUAAAGCCAGAGGGAACUGGUCGAGAAAGCUGGAUUUUAUUUUGUCCAUGGUGGGCUAUGCGGUAGGACUGGGGAAUGUCUGGCGCUUUCCCUACCUCGCAUUUCAAAACGGCGGAGGUGCAUUUUUGAUCCCCUAUCUAAUGAUGUUGGCUUUCGCUGGAGUCCCCAUUUUCUUACUCGAAACAGCACUUGGCCAGUUUGCCAGUCAGGGCCCUAUUUCAGUGUGGAAAGCUAUUCCAGCCUUACAAGGAUGCGGAAUCGCUAUGUUAAUCAUCUCGGUUCUGAUCGCUGUGUACUACAACAUCAUCAUAUGUUACACUCUCUUCUACCUUUUUGCAUCAUGUAUACCAGUCCUUCCCUGGGCAUCCUGUGAAAACAGAUGGAACACUGAAAACUGUAGAGACAAGAACAAGCUGUUAUUGGAUUCUUGUAUAAUUGGAGAUACUAACAGUGUGCAGAUUAAAAACUCAACAUUUUGCAUUUCUGCCUUUCCCAACGUUACCAUGGUGAAUUACACCAAGCCAAUCAACAAAACCUUUGUCAGUGGAAGUGAAGAAUAUUUCAAGUACUUUGUGUUAAAAAUUUCUGCUGGGAUUGAGCAUCCUGGGGAAAUAAGGUGGGAGUUAGCAAUGACGCUGUUAUUGGCCUGGAUAAUUGUUUAUUUAUCCCUGGCAAAAGGAAUAAAAUCAUCUGGAAAGGUUGUCUAUUUCACAGCCACUUUCCCCUAUGUUGUCCUUGUCAUCCUCCUGAUCCGAGGAAUUACUCUGCCAGGUGCUGGAGAUGGAAUCUGGUACUUCAUUACACCCAAUUGGGAUAAGCUUAAGGAUGCUAAGGUGUGGAAGGAUGCUGCGACUCAGAUUUUCUUUUCACUCUCUGCUGCCUGGGGAGGACUGAUAACACUCUCCUCAUACAACAAAUUCCACAAUAACAUUUACAAGGACACGCUGUUAGUGACAUGUGCCAACAGUGCCACAAGUGUCUUUGCCGGCUUUGUCAUCUUCUCUGUCAUUGGAUUCAUGGCCAAGGAACUUAAAGUACCGAUCACCGAGGUUGCAGAUGAAGGUCCAGGUAUUGCAUUUGUAGUGUAUCCAGAGGCUUUAACCAGGCUUCCUUUAUCUCCAUUCUGGGCUAUAAUUUUCUUUUUGAUGCUUCUAACACUUGGAUUGGACACAAUGUUUGCGACCCUCGAGACUAUCGUGACUUCAGUAGUGGAUGAAUUCCCUGGAUACCUGCGGCCUAAAAAACCACUCUUCACAUUAGUCUGCUGCGUGAUUUUCUUCAUCAUGGGUAUUCCUAUGGUAACCCAGAGUGGGAUCUACAUGCUGCAGUUGGUAGACACAUACGCAGCCUCCUAUUCCCUGGUCAUCAUUGCGAUAUUUGAACUAGUCGGAGUUUCAUAUAUAUAUGGCUUGAAAAGAUUCUGUGAAGAUAUCGAGAUGAUGAUUGGAUUUCAACCUAGCUAUUUCUGGAGAAUUUGCUGGGCCUUUGUCACUCCUACAAUUCUUACGUUCAUCCUAUGCUUCAGCUUUUACCAGUGGGAACCCAUGACAUAUGAAAAUUACAAAUACCCAGCCUGGUCGAUGGUGAUGGGAUGGUUAAUGCUGGCCUGCUCUGUCAUAUGGAUCCCUAUCAUGUUUGUGAUUAAGAUGCACUUGGCCCCUGGUCGUUUUAUAGAGAGGCUUAAGCUGGUGUGCAGCCCUCAACCUGACUGGGGUCCUUUCUUAACUCAGCACCGUGGAGAGCGCUACAAGAAUAUGAUAGACCCUCUUGGGACUUCUUCCCUUGGACUCAAACUGCCCCCCAAAGACAUGGAAUUAGGAUCUCAGUUCUAGUAUUACCUAUUGCUCUGCAUAAAUGUAUGGGCUUAACAUAUGUUCUUAGUUGGAUAUUUCAUGUUUUUAGCACACCUGUCUUCUUACAUUAUGAUCUCAUCUUUUUGAAAAUCAUUUUAUUUAUUUUCCUAUUCGUAUUUCCCUGUUAUACUGUUAUUCCUUUUUCUACAGUUUUGACCAUUCACCCAUAUCUCCCUCUUAUCUCUCCACAUUCUCCUUUUUUCAAUUUCUUCCCUUUAUUCUUUUGCUCACUCUCCCUUGCUACCAUCUCCUCCUCUCUCACCCCUUAUAGCACUUGAUUCUAAUCUAGAGUUCUUUGACUCUGAUUAUUCUUGUCAUCUCUCCCUCUACUUUUUUUUGCUUUCAUUUGUCACUUAUUUCAGUCUCCUUCCCUUCUCUCACCUUUUAGCUACCUUCCAAUUUCAAGCUUCACCCACCCCUCUAACUCCCUCCUCUUUUCUCCCACUCACUAACAAGCAUUUCUCCUACAAAAUCUGUCCUGUGAUUUGUGCCUACCAGUCAUCUCAGUCUGAACGUCCUAGUUUCCUCAUUUACUUUAUCUGCAGCUGAAAAAAAGUAAUUGUUCAAUUCUACAUAUUCUAUUGCCAAAUGCUGGAAGAACUUGUAAAACUAAUGCAUUGUACAGUCUUGCUGUUCAACUUCUUUUCAUUGAAGGUUGAGGUUAAUAAGGUCACCCCAGCCUCUGCAACACCAAGACAAUGUUGGUUGUUCCUGCUCCCAAUAAUUGGCCAGACUGUAUUUCCUUCAUUCAAUGAUGUAAACUCUAGGUGUUCAUGCUUUUAAAAGUGAACAGUGUUCAUAUAGUGCGUAGUAGUGGUGUCACGUCCCUCUAAGUAUCUUAUGAAAAAUGUAGAGAUGGUGAGCAUAGCAUAGUUUUAACCAAAAAAAAACUUUCUUAAAACAGUUUAGUCUGAAAUUUACAGUAGUUGUCUUCCGGGGAUUUUUCGUCAAUAUUUCUGUCUGUCUGUCUUUGUGUUAAGAGGGUCUCAGGUAAAUUUUAUGUUCAUUUUUUUGUUUCCUUUAAGGAAUGACUAAUCCUUGUAAUAUAAAUGAUUUCAUUAAUUUCCAUAUAGUGUAUAGAUGUUGAAACCCAUCAAAACCCAUUUAUAUAUUUGUUUCCCCCAGCAUUUGCUGUGGGAACAUCAAUUAUAUUUUAACCAGAAACUACAUUCUGAUAUUUACCUUUAUAUAUAGAUAUAUAAAUAUAUAUAUAUAUAUAAAACAUAUAUAGUCAUUUUGCACCUUAAUGUUAAUUGCAAUACUUUUUCCCAGUCUUGCUAUCCUCCUAUAAGCCAUCUUCAGUCAGUGGGUACCAAAGACAGAUUGUGUCUGUGAUAGCUAAGCGAAGGUUGCUGGAAGCUGCUGAAGUACAUUUUUUUUAUUAAGUUUACACAUUGUCUUUCAACACAUCAGGUUGACCAUUGGCCUUAUUGAUGUGUCCCAGCGUCAGAAAUAAAAGGUGUAUUUAAUGAAACGUAUAUAGAGUAACCUGUACUUUGCCAUAUGUAGUAAGUCACUUGUAUGUAACAUAUGUGGGUGUCUUCAGGCACUUUAAGUGGACCUAUCUUUGUAUAGGUUAAUUCCUAAUUACUUACGUAAUGUCAUGUAUAUUUAUGUGCAUUCUAUAUGGGGUACUGCUGCCUAUGGAUAUAGAUAUGUGCCUCAAACCAGGCCAUCCGAAUCAUUGACUGAUCUCACAUACGCGCACACACACAAGCACACAUCUAAUUUAAUGUGAGUGUCGCAUCACCUAUGCUCGAUGGUUAUCUUGCAUACAUAAUGUACACGAUUCAUUUAAUAGAUCUUCAUUCUUGAGGCCCUACCUCAGAUUUUGUAUCUAUGUGUAUAAAUACGAUUUAAUGCAUUAUAUAUUUGCCUAUAUGAUGUUCAAACUAGAGAUUAUCCUAUAAUGUAACUUUAAGAAACACGAAAUAAAUGUUAGUGUUUUAAAUGUCA